UGAGAGGGCGCUAUGCCUUUAAGAGUUUCCGAGCGAGCGCUGCCUGCGAAACUUUGGGAGGCCGUUGGACUGCUGCACUUUGGAUAAUGAAGGAAGUGACGAAUCCGCAAUACUAGGAGAGAGAGAAAAAACUCCAGAGGAGAAAAACAGAAACUGGUUGAAGUCAGCGUGAAGCGCACUGUACUGAAUGAAGGCGAGCGUCAGAGGCAUGAGCACGAGUCUACAGAAGCUCACGAAUCAAAGUUCCCUCAAUGAGAGACGCGACACGAGUGCAAACACCAGAUUGAUCCGUGCGUGACGCGGCUCUCCUAAAUGUUUAUUUACCAAACGUGAACAGUCUCUAGACCUGUUUUAAAGGACUUUAUGAAUUCUUUUGUAUAUCCAGCUUCCACAAAAUAUGGAUGAAGUAGUAAAAGUGGAGCCGCUGUGAUGUUUUGAGGAGAUCUGUCUGAAGAGUCUUGUGGGAUGAGUCGAACCGCAUCAGCGACUGUUAUUCCCGUGGAUUCUCCUUCUGAGCUCGCUUUUUGAGUUUUAGGAUUAUCUGGAAUGUUUGCGAGGUGGAUUUCGCCGGGUUCAGUUCGGUUAACUCUCUUGCUUUGGCUGCUCACGGUGUCAGUAACUCUCGGGUCUGCUUCAGAGCUGAAGGUGAGGGUUCGUUUGGCCGAUGGACAGAUCACAGAUGAACUUCUGGAGGCGGACAGUGAGAGAGACUCCAUCACUGUGGAGUUUAAACAGGGAGAUGGGACUCUUAUAACUUUUGUGGCCGAUUUCAAGCAGGAUGUGAAGAUCUUCCGGGCGCUGAUCCUGGGAGAGCUGGAGAGAGGGCAGAGCCAGUACCAGGCGCUCUGCUUCAUCACACGGCUCAACCACAAUGAGAUCAUCCCCAGCGAGUCCAUGGCCAGACUCCGACAGAAAAAUCCCCAGGCCAUCCGCACAGCGGAAGAGAAGAGAAGCACGGAGAUGCUGAGCAUGAACGUAGCAGUUAAUUUGACACGGACGUGGCAGCUGAGCGCCCACAUCCACAACAUGUGCAGCGUCGCCCGCGAGGCCGUGUACACGCGCGAGGCUGAUGUCAGACACUGGCUGGACAGAGGCGUGGAGGGCUCCAUGUUCGAGCCUCAAGCCGUGGAGGUGCCAGGCCUGCAGAGCUGCGGGACAGUGAAGGACCUGUGGCAGCCGUGCUCCUGUAGCUACAACCUCAGACUGGAAUGGUACCCCUGCCUGCUGAAGUACUGCCGCAACAGAGACGUCUCUGGCAGGGGCAGCCCGUAUAAAUGCGGCAUCAAGAGCUGCAGCAAAGGCUACCAGUUUACUUACUACGUGCCCCACAAACAGCUGUGCCUAUGGGAGGAAGAGACCUAGAACCACAUAUGCGUCUGCAAAAACAUAUUUAAUGUGACCUUCACCACCUCCAAGCCUUCAGACUCGUGCCUUAUGCACAGAGCAGAAAUGAUGCUGGAUGGGUGUGGAUGGAGUGUGAUUUGAGCAGUUUGCCACGUCUUUGAGCUGGUCAGUAGUUUUAAAGCUCUUCCUGCUCUUACCAGCACUGUGGAAUGGAAUUGAGACCCAAUUGAGUCUGGGACGAGCAACCUGUGAAUUAGUCUUUAUAUAACAAGAUGUAAUCUUAAAAUUAGCUGGAUCUCGUCAGGUUGCCAAUUUUCUUUUUUUUUUCUGAAACUGGUAUUAUUUAUUUGGCAGUGGGAUACGAUUGAAGACACUUAAGCACAGCGCACACGUUCAGAGAAAAUGCCUUUUUUCUCUUUCUCUUUUUAGUUUUAUAUUUUGACUGUUAGAUUCAAAGCACUGUGGUGAACAUAUACAUGCUUUGAUUAAUAUUGGUGCAGACAGAAAACGCUAUUAAUCAAUCAAUCAUUGAUCACUUUUAAUUCAGACCGAUUCAAUCAUGUGAAUUAUCUCACCUCAAGUCUUAAUGCUGGGAUUCUUUGGGAGUGUGUGUUUUCAUUUUCAUAAGGAUGGACUUGCACAACAGUAUCAUUUAAGGACCAGUUGGAUCAAUACAGUUUGAAGUAUGGCCUCUGAUUAGUUGGGAACAGACAAUACUUCAAAAGUGAAGUGAGGAAACCAAAGUAAGUGUAUGUUCUGAGGGAUAGAAAGUACAGAGAAAGGCAUCAGGCUGAUGAAAUCUGUGCAUCCAACACUGCCAUCUUCUGGUUUUGCAGCAUUACGGUCACUCAGGCUCCUCCUAUCAGCAUGACCUCAGAACAUCAGCAGAGCUGUGAAACCAUCACAAAUACGGAUUCACAUCCUUUUGUGUGGUAUCAGACGUACUAGAAGAAAUCACUUUCAUUUAACAGGACCAAAUCCGCAGACUGAGCUCUGUCAUGAAGAAGAGAAACCGUUCUAUUGUUUCACAUUUCACUACAUUCACCUUCAACUCACGACUCGCCUCUCUUAACAUGUGAAUGUUCGCGUUUAACAUGCUACAGGUGAUUCGGUUGUCAUUCAUGGUACUAAAAUGUUUAUACGGAUUUAUUUAAUUUUGUUUCAGAGAGUUUAAGUGUUAUGUUAAAAGUGUUUUUUUGAGAUUACACCUCCCCAAACAACAGCCAUUGUCUGGGAUACAAGUGCCUUGGUGAUUCAGUGUUUACUGAUUCUUUUUACAGAUAAAGUUGGUAUGAAUAAAGUAUAAAAACUAUUUUCCUAUGAAAAUGAAUAUGAGCAUAAUAUGAAGUAAUUAUAAAUAAAAGCUCCU